GAGAAGUCCCCUGGGGAGCUCUGGCUGGCCCGGAUGAUGAAGAAACCAACCUCCUUGCCCAUGAGAAAUUGAUGGCUCGUCAAGAUGGAGAUUAAUCAUUUGUAUUUGAGAGCAGCAGAACUGGGGGCCAGUUACUUCUCAAGAGUUUUUUAAACUAAUCACAUAAACUCCUGUCCCAUUGCUCUCAUCCCCCAUCUUACCUUCAAACUUGUCUCACCUAUGGCAUUCAGGAGGCAAGUGAAAAACUUCGUGAAAAAUUACUCAGAUGCUGAAAUAAAAGUCAGGGAAGCAACUUCUAAUGACCCUUGGGGUCCUUCUAGUUCUCUGAUGUUAGAUAUCAGUGACCUGACUUUCAACACGAUUUCUCUCUCAGAAAUUAUGAAUAUGCUAUGGCAGAGACUCAAAGACCAUGGGAAAAACUGGCGCCACGUGUAUAAGUCCCUUACACUAAUGGAUUAUCUCAUCAAGAAUGGAUCAAAGAAAGUUAUUCAGCAUUGCAGAGAAGGGUUCUGUAACCUUCAGACUCUAAAAGAUUUUCAACACAUAGAUGAAGCUGGAAAAGACCAAGGUUAUUAUAUCCGGGAAAAGUCUAAGCAAGUCAUAACAUUGCUGAUGGAUGAGCAAUUACUGCAUAAAGAGAGGGAAGUAGCAUGUCGGACAAGACAGCGUACCUGCUACUCUAUGACAUUUCCUAAAAGAUUACCUGGUACAGGUAACUCACCAACAGCAUGUGCUUCUGCCCCCACACCAGAAAUUCCUGCUUCAGAGAAGAAGCAUAAGCUUCUUAAGGUCUCAAGGCUACGUAAUAAAAAAAAUGCUUCCAAGGCAGGAUUGAAACAAGAGCAGUGCCAAGACGUUCAGUUGCCUAGUGAAACUGUGUUGUCCCAGGAAACACUACCAUUCAAGAUUAAUGCUUGGAAAUCGAUGGAGGACCUGAUGUUAUUUUGUGAGGAGGAUUCACAGCCGCUUUUGCCGACAGUACCCCCUGCUGUUAUCUCUCCAACUACAUGGCUGUCAGAAGGGCAAGCAGACGUUUGUAAUCUCUGGGAUGCAGUUCUUAUUUGUUAUUUUAUGGAUGCUGUGCCUCCUCCCUCCUUUUUUCUCUCAGAAAAAAGCCCAUCUCUGCAGACAAAUGCGAGUUUCGACAAGAAAUCAGACAGUACCAUUACAAAUACUGUAAUGGAAAACCCUUUGCAAACACCUCUAGCAAAACAGUCAGCUGCAAAAAGUUUUGAAACAUUGACAACUUUACCAGCAUUUUGGCCAUCAAAUCAAGAAGAGUUGAUCAGCCCUAAUUUAAGGCUAUCAAAGUCAGAUUCUACCUUCUAUAACCAGGGCUCUGUAGAGACACUCUAUGUCUCUCCCUCAUUCAAAACAUUUGACCCAGUGAAGGAGAUGGCCAUCAAUAAGGACGAUCAGAAACCAACACAGUCCAGCGCCGUUCAGAUGGAGGAGGAAAGCCUCAAGACCUUAACCACAUGGGUUUCAACGACCUCUGAGAGAACAUCCUCUUUUUCUGCUUUAUCCUUGUCAUCUCCUGGUUCAGCCUCACCAGAGAAAUCAGUUCAUCUCUUACCCCCGAUUUUGGCCGAACCUUCCUUCUGGACUUUGUCCCAUCAACAAUCUUCUUCUGCCUCCUUUAAAGAUAAAGAUAAGACAGCCAGGGCUCAUCACCCCUUUGCUCCUAGGGGCCCAGUGUCUUCUGAUGAAGAAGAAAACAACAACCUCAAUGUACUGGAAAUUCUUCCAGAUAAUUCUGAUUCUGCACAAAAGAAGACAAGUCUUAUUUCCAGCAAUAAUUGGAUAGAGUUUUCCACCCAAAAUGUAGGCCACUUCACCUCUGUGUCCUAUUCUGGUUUUCAGACAACCAAAGGCCUGCCUAGGGAGCCUGAAGCAAACAAUUCCAUUGAAGUUCUUCUAGGGGAGGUAAAAAAUGCGAUAGUCAAAUUACACGAAGAUCUGAGCAUGGUGUUACAAGAACUUAACGCCAUCAAUAGCCAUCUGGUAAGCAUAAAUGGGACUAGUCCUCAAAUAAGCAAGUCUUUGCAGGUUCCCCAGUCUUCUGAGGGGAACUCAGAUCCAAUCUAAUCAUCUCAAUAGCUAUUUUUGAUAGAACUCAUGAGAUGCCACUUCCCAAAGACUAAGAAGUUAACCUUGU